AUGCUUACUUAUAUACCCAGCACCUCUCCUGUGUUAUGCCGAUGUGGGACUUUCCUUCUAAGCUGGGGUGUCACACAAAUCCUCUAUGGACUUGCAUUUCCUGAGAAGUUUGUUCGAAGGCUAAUGAAGUGCAUCCGGAGUGUCUUCUACUUUAUCCUCAUCAAUGGAAUACCAACAGAACCCUUCGAAGCAAAAAAGGGACUUAGACAGGGUGACCUCUUGUCCCCUUUCCUAUUUGUGCUAGUCAUGAAGUACCUCACAAGGAGCUUAAAGACUCUAAAGCAAAUUCCAGACUUUAAUUACCAUCCAAGGUGUGAGAAGCUACGCAUAGUGCAAUUGGGAUUUGCUGAUGAUCUUUUGUUGUUCUGCAGGGGAAAUUUAUGGUCCAUUCAAUUACUGUAUAAAUGUUUUAAACAGUUCUCCCAAGCUUCUGGAUUGAUGGUGAAUAAAAGUAAGAGUUCUGUGUUUUUCGGAGGGGUGGACGUUGUGGAUAACAUCAUGGACUGUGAAAACCUUGUCUUGCGGCUCUCAAAGAAGAUCAUCCAGUUGAUAGAGGCUACGUGCAGAAAGUUCUCGUGGACUGGUCAGAAAGAGGGUUCCAAAAAAGCACCGAUGCUAUGGAUUCAAUGGGUUCAUGUCUACUACAUUAAGAAGGAACUAGUAUGGGAAGUAGAUAAACCUACUGCUUCGUGGAUUAUAAGGAAGAUUCUGAAGGCGAAGAGACAUUUUGAUGAAGUUGGCUAUUCUCAACAGGAAGUAAUGGAUAUGGCCAACCUUUCCAUCAAAAAAUUGUAUCAAAAACUUAGAGGGGACUUCACUAAAGUGCCUUGGAGGAGAUUGGUGUGUAAUAACGUAGGGCUCCCAAAAUGGAUAUUCACUCUAAGGCUGGCUGCUCACGGGAAACUUUAUACAAUAACUAGACUGGCUAAAUGGGGUGUGGUGGAUGACAAAGAAUGUGUGCUGUGCAAUAUAGAUGACGAGGAUGUGGAGCACCUAUUUUUCAAAUGCCCAUACUCAAAGACUCUCUGGACAAAGCUAUUGGGAUGGAAAGGAAUUUAUAGGCACCGCUAG